CACCAGAUUUAUUUUCUCUCCAGUCUUUCCCCACAGGCCAGCGAGCUUUAAGCCAAACUCUUCUCAAUUGUGAUCUGCGUGUAUCUAAUCAAAUGAUGUGGACUUGGACAGACUGUCUGUGUGUCAAUCUCCUGCUUCUCCUCCAAAGAGCAGGCUCUGAGAAGUUUGAGGUUCUUGGUCUGACUCAUGCCAUUGUUGCUGUGGCUGGUGAUGACAUCAUUCUGCCCUGUUACAUCAAACCCAACAUCAGCGUUGAGGACAUGAGAGUUGACUGGUUCAGAGUCAACCUCCCAGACACUCAGUCAAACAUUAGAGUCCAUCUCUACCAAGACGGCAGAGACAAAUAUCAUGAUCAGAUCCCCUCCUACAGGGGAAGGACAUCGUUGUUUAAAGAGGAACUGAAGAAGGGCAAUACCUCUUUGAAACUGACCAGGGUACAAGGCACUGAUGAUGGACAUUAUAAAUGUCUUGUUGAGUCUAAGACACAUUAUGAUGAUUCCACCAUUCAAGUCUACGUCAGAGCUAUAGGAUCCAAGCCAGAGGUUUCCAUUGAGGGACAGAAAGAAGGAGGGAUGGCUCUGCUGUGUGUAACUAAAGGCUGGUUCCCUGAGCCUGAGUUGGAGUGGCUGGACAGUGAAGGGGUCACUCUGUCUGCUGGACCGUCAGAGACAGACAGGGACUAUGAGGGAUUCUACGUAGUCAAACUAAAGACCAUCAUAAAGGAGACUGACAUCAACCGCUUUACCUGUAGACUAAGACAGAGGCAGCAACAUGAGGUGAUUAAGAUGGAGACAGAGUUUCACAUCCCUAGCGAGCUGAUCCUUGUUCACACAGAAACAUGGAAAGUGGCCCUUGCAGUGAUUGUCUCUCUGGUCAUUGUCCUUGUGGCCAUAUCAGCUUUCAGUGUCUGGUGGUGGAAAAAUGCAUCCAAAGCUGAACACAGUCAAGAGCUAGAGCAAGUUAAAGAUGAACUCAGACUUGAGUUGAAGAUACUUGCUGAUCAGCUGGAUUUAGUAAACAUGAAGGGUUGUCCAGAACUUGAAACCAUCAGAAAACAUGCAGUGGAUGUGACUCUAGAUCCUGAUACAGCACAUCCCAGACUCAUCCUGUCUGAAGACAGGAAACAAGUUAGAUAUGGAGACAUAAAACAGAAUCUCCCUGAUAACCCAAAGAGGUUUGAUAUUGUUCCCUAUGUCCUGGGAAAGGAGGGUUUCUCCUCAGGGAGAUUCUACUACGAGGUGCAGGUGGAGGGGAAGAAUGGGUGGACUUUAGGAGUGGCCAAAGAGUCCAUCAACAGGAAGGAGAAGAUUCACCUGAGACCUGAGAAUCAAUGCUGGACUGUGUGUCUUCUGGAUGGAAAGUACAAGGCUUUCACUGGUCCCUCUGUCCCUCUCUCCCUGAGAGAGAAGCCCCAGAAGGUGGGGGUGUUUGUGGAUUAUGAGGAGGGUCUGGUCUCCUUCUACAAUGUGGAGGUCAGGUCUCAUAUCUACUCAUACACUGGCUGCACCUUCACUGAGAAACUCUAUCCACUAUUUUUUUCUAAUACUAUUGAUAACUCAACCCCACUGGUCAUCACUCCUGUAGAUAUCACUCAUCUAAUUGGUAAAGAGGUCAUCAUGAUUACUGGGACAGGUUGUUGGUGUGUGACUCUCCUGCUUCUCCUGCACAGAGCAGACUCUGAAAGGUUUGAGGUUCUUGGUUUGACUCGUGCCAUUGUUGCUGUGGCUGGUGAUGACAUCAUUCUGCCCUGUUACAUCAAACCCAACAUCAGCGUUGAGGACAUGAGAGUUGACUGGUUCAGAGUCAACCUCCCAGACACUCAGUCAAACAUUAGAGUCCAUCUCUACCAAGAUGGCAGAGACAAAUACCAUGAUCAGAUCCACUCCUACAGGGGAAGGACAUCGUUGUUUAAAGAGGAACUGAAGAAGGGCAACACCUCUUUGAAACUGACCAGGGUACAAGGCACUGAUGAUGGACAUUAUAAAUGUCUUGUUGAGUCUAAGACACAUUAUGAUGAUGCCACCAUUCAAGUCUACGUCAGAGCUAUAGGAUCCAAGCCAGAGGUUUCCAUUGAGGGACAGAAAGAAGGAGGGAUGGCUCUGCUGUGUGUAACUAAAGGCUGGUUCCCUGAGCCUGAGUUGGAGUGGCUGGACAGUGAAGGGGUCACUCUGUCUGCUGGACCGUCAGAGACAGACAGGGACUAUGAGGGAUUCUACGUAGUCAAACUAAAGACCACCGUAAAGGAGACUGACAUCAACCGCUUUACCUGUAGAGUCAGACAGAGGCAGCUCCAUGAGGUGAUUAAGAUGGAGACAGAGUUUCACAUCCCUAGUGAGCUGAUCCUUGUUCACACAGAAACAUGGAAAGUGGCCCUUGCAGUGAUUGUCUCUCUGGUCAUUGUCCUUGUGGCCAUAUCAGCUUUCAGUGUCUGGUGGUGGAAAAAUGCAUCCAAAGCUGAACACAGUCAAGAGCUAGAGCAAGUUAAAGAUGAACUCAGACUUGAGUUGAAGAAAAAUCAAGAUCACAACACUCAUAAGCUGAAGAUACUUGCUGAUCAGCUGGAUUUAGUAAACAUGAAGGGCUGUCCAGAACUUGAAACCAUCAGAAAACAUGCAGUGGAUGUGACUCUAGAUCCUGAUACAGCACAUCCCAAACUCAUCCUGUCUGAAGACAGGAAACAAGUUAGAUAUGGAGACAUAAAACAGAAUCUCCCUGAUAACCCAAAGAGGUUUGAUAUUGUUCCCUAUGUCCUGGGAAAGGAGGGUUUCUCCUCAGGGAGAUUCUACUACGAGGUGCAGGUGGAGGGGAAGAAUGGGUGGACUUUAGGAGUGGCCAGAGAGUCCAUCAACAGGAAGAAGUAUAUUCGCCUGAAACCUGAGAAUGGAUGCUGGACUGUUUGGCUGAGGUAUGAAGAAUACAAGGCUUUCACUGACCCCUCUGUCGUCCUCUCCCUGAGAGAGAAGCCCCAGAAGGUGGGGGUGUUUGUGGAUUAUGAGAAGGGUCAGGUCUCAUUCUACAAUGUAGAGGCCAGGUCUCAUAUCUACUCCUUCACUGGCUACACCUUCACUGAGAAACUCUAUCCAUUAUUUUAUUCUGGUGCUACUGGUAACUCAGUCCCACAGGUCAUCACUCCUGUAGGUGUCACUGACUAACUGUUUUAUAUCAAACAUUGAAAUACUGGUUGUGUGUGUGUGUGUGUUACUGUCAUGACGUUGCCCUGUUGGGUGAGGUUUAUGACCCCCCCAUAAAUACCUGUCCCCCUUUUCUCUCCACUCUACAGAAUGGACUCUUGGAAAGCCCUGUGUUACCACAGAGAAAGUAUGGUAAUAUAAAAAGGCAGGGGAAUGGAACAAUAGUUCCCUUUCUAAACCAGUUGAAGUGUUCGUUGGUACUUAAAGAAUAUGAUGUCAGAUCAGUUGUUGUCUGGGACAUUAUAUCUGAUAUAAUAUUAUAUCUGACAUUAUAUCAGACAUUAUAUCUGAUAUAUAUAUAUAUAUCUGAUAGGAUGACAUAACUAGAAUGUGUAGACUUUCCAAGAUACAAUUUAUCAGAUUCACAUGGAAUUAAAUAUGAAACUAUUUGUGAAAAUAUGAAAUGUAAUUUUAACUUCUAAAUGAGAGAAUUGUUUUCAUAAGUAACCUAUGCUCACUAAGUGGCCACGCCCAAGUGAACAGACAUUGGUUGAGAACUAUGAAACACACCCUUCUCUCCCCCAGUACAAAAGUCAGUUGACGGAAGUUAACCUUAGUUCCCUAUGACGCGAGGACUGGUGUCCGUACGUUUAUAAGGGCUAAUUUCAAUAUGGAGGUGAUGAUCACGUCACUGAAAUUGUGUAUUUCGACUAGACCAGCAUAAGCUGAUUAUGGCAACUUAGUAUGAACAUUGAACGAUUAUUUAGUAAAGAAGUGAUACAUCCUAGACUUCGAGUUUUCAGCUGCAGCUGUAAACGUAUGUGGCCUAGGAAAGGACAGACAAUCUCCUAAGAACGACAGGGUACUUUAACGUACCCGCUCUACAACACUACGACCAGAAAUAUUAUUCAAAGGACAAUGGUGAUCUCUGCUGGGCAAACCAGUCUUCCAUCUUCGACCCAUCUAUCGAAGGGCAGCUCAGAGUAAAUAUAUAUGUUGCAUUUUUCUUCACCGAAUGGGCGGUUAUUAGAAUGCAUAAGAUUCUGUAUUUACGGUAGAAUAGCUUUUCAAGGUCCGAUAGAGACCCAAUCCCUUUGUCACUCCAUCUUCCCGCUCUUUCAUUCAAACCCAACCCCCUUCUUUUGUGUAACGAGCUGUCAUAUUGGGUUAGCCCACUAGGGGAUUUUCAUGACAUGAUUAGUAAUCGAUGUAUUAUUGAUCCUGUGUAUAUAUAUGUAAUUCUGUGUGAUUAUUUUGGUAUUUAGUAAAUA